AUGCAGUACGUAAAUGUCAAACCAAAUGAACAUUUAAUAAAUGUCAAUGGUGUUGUUUCGUGUUGGAUGUUUUACUUUGUGAAAAGUAAAAUAAUAUUAUGGGCGUAUGCUUUUAAAUAGUAAAUUUCAUAAUGAGUAAUAACAAAAAAGAAAGUCUAAAGAAGACGCUGGGGAUUUCGGAAUACCCGUGGAGUUCAGACGAUGAAGAUAAUACCAAUAUACAACCAGCCCAAGAGGCGAAUGCUGCAAAUUCAGUACGAAGGCAAUCUUCAGAGUCUCGACCGAGCAGUAGAAAUAAUAACAAUACAGCUGAAAUGAACGGUGGACAUCAUAGUCUCAAUGGUGGUGGUCAGGUAUCACCUACUGUAGCAAGAAAGCAGCAGAACAAACUGGAUAGAACUCUGUUUUGGUCCAUCAUCAACACAGGAAGAACAUCACCCCCUGCAUCUUCUCGGUACACCGAUCCAAAUCUCCCACGGUCGGCACCACAACUGCGGUCCUCCAGUUGCCGCGAGACUCGACCCGCUAUUGCCGAACAUCCGGCCGCGACCGCAGACAUACAACGCAUCCUCGCUUUCAAGAAGUUAACCCGCAGUCUGCAAAACUUUGCACAUAAACCUAACCACUAUCUGAACCCCGCUCGCCGCUUGUCUGCGGGUGCAAGUUCGCGCACUUUAUUUGGAUCGCAUUUUGGUGAUCAGACAAGGCGGAAUAACUCAUCGCGGUCUAAUCUGCACCGGCUACCUCUCACGCAGUAUAUGCGUUCCAGACACCAUAAUGGUUUUUUUGAAGAGCCUGAGGUUUCUCCCAGUACGAGUGUUUCUGACGUCAAUGAAGUCUUGAGCGUGGAAGAUCCGCAGCCGUCAUCGAGCGGCAUCCAGUUCCGCUCUAUACAGCAGCGGCAAAACGGGUCUCUGGACACCACUCAGACACUUCCGGAUCAUCAUUACGUGAAUGUUGACCAAUCUGAUGACGACGUAGAAGCAGGACAACAGUCAGCUCCCGUUGCUGAUCAUAGUGAUGAAAAUAACGCUGACGACGAGAAUGCUGAAGGAACGACCCCUAAUACAUCUGCUGGGGGCAUCUCGCUUGAAGAAGAGAUUGUGGAAGUGGAUGUGGCCGAAGAGACCGACGCUGCUCCGAAUGCUGACGCCGAGCCGGAUACUGCCGACGUCAAUAUAACCACUGUCAAUGCAGCUACUCCAAAUCCUGAAGAGGCCGCGGAAACUCCAAGACCGCCGUCGCUGAAGCGAAAGAGAGAUAGUAAUGAUGAAACCGCAGAACCGUACUCGGUGCACGAAUUUAAUCAGAGUCUGCUGCGGCUGCUGGAGUGCCCGGUGUGCCUUGAGUGGAUGGAGCCGCCCAUCUCGCAGUGCCGGCGCGGCCACCUGGUCUGCAGCCGCUGCCGCGCGCGCCUCGCCUCCUGCCCCGUCUGCCGGACCACGUUCUCCUCCGUCAGGAACAGGGCCAUGGAAGGGGUGGCGGAGAUGCUGCGCUACCCGUGCCGGCACGGCUGCGGGCGCGAGGUGCGGCUGCGGCGGCGCGGCCCGCACGAGGCCAGCUGCGCCGCGCGCCGCUACCACUGCCCCGCGCCGCCCUGCGCGCGCCACCCCGCGCUGCAGCACCACGAGCUCGCGCUCCACUUCCAGUGCAAACAUCUGCCAAUACUGAAAAUUGGCAGGAAACACAAGUUUUCCAUGAAAGUGAACACGGAGCAGCAUGACAACUGGGUCAUCAUGGCGCUGGACGAGUACUUUCACCUGCGUGUCGACGUAGACAUCCGCACGUGGGGCGUCAUCGUCUACGUCGCCUUCAUCGGUCCCAAGCGCAGGGCCAAGAAUUACACUUACGAGGUGCUUGUACAAGGACAGCAUAACGCAAGAAGUCUGAAGUACUCCCGAGCGACACACAGCGACCUCGAGAGCUCGUCACUCAACGUGAGCCGCCAGGACUGCUUCCACCUGACGCUCGACCAGGCACUCAACUUCCUUCGCUUCAAGAACCGUCAUUGCGAACCCGACAAGUUCUUAGACUUCGAUGUCGAGAUUAGCAAAAACCAAAAUGCCAACUUGCAGGAUUCGAAAGAUGAUUCCGAAUAAACUGUGAUUCUCUUUACUUUGAAGAAGUCACGGACCGAAUAAAAAAGAUAGAUAUCGCGCACUCUCAUAAAAUAAACAAAAAUUAAAGUGCAUGCUGUACACUACUUUAUGUUGCAUUGUAAUCUAUCAUUUUUAUUUUGUCUGUGCAAUUGUGCGAAUAUUAAUUUAGGCUUUAAUCAUUUACUUUUAAGUUUUUCUUUCGGGGCUAUCGUAAAAUAGUUUUAUUAGUUGUUAUAUUUUUUAUCUCUGAGAUUGCGAAAGAUGGUUGAUGCCUGAUAAAUUUGGCUGGAUUUAUAUUGUGUUAGUUUUGUUUUUGUUCUGAUAUCGCGAUCGCGAAAAGUUAAUCAUGGAACGCCUCCUAGUGUUGGCUGAUAUUAUUUAUUUAUGUUAAAUUAUUUUCAGUUGUCGAUUGAAUUUUGUAUGGCAGUAGAUUUACUUUACACCGUUCGUAAAACUUUUAGUAUUAAGGAUUUGUAAGCUUCCGCAAAAAGGAACAGUGAAUGUACCAACACAAUCACUUGCUUUGUGGUGGUUUUUUUUCUCAAUAGUGUCUUAGUACAUACAUACAUUCUUUACCGACUUAUUAUAUUCAUAUAUGCGUAGAUAUAGAAUGCUCAUUUUUCGAAUAACUAUGCAGUUAGUAUACAAUUAUGCUAAACGUCACGGUUGCCGGAUGUCCACCAUUAGCUGGUCAUAUUUAGCUUCAUCUAUGGUACUGAGUAUUCCAAGUUACCUAAAUAUAUAUUAUUCAAUUUACAUAAGUCGUUUAUUGAAGUUCAAAUCAACAUGUUACUGUAAUGAAAUAGGUUACUCAAGAAAAUGACCGGCUGAAGUAUAAGUCCGCCUUUCAUUAAAAUUAUGUCUGGUAACCAUAGUAUUAUAAGUGUGUAGAUUAGGGCUCAUGACUCAUCUCAUCAGCUAGUAGGUUUGAUAUUUAUAAAUCAUUGUUAUAAAGCAUUUCUAGUAUACUUUAGAAUGUAAAUACAGCAGUAAUCUUAAGCGUGGUAGGCACAACAACUGUCUACACCGACCAACAUCACUUUAUUUAUAACCAAAUCAUCUUUACAAUAAGAUCGGGAAUCAGAGUUUCGUUUUUAGGAAGUUGUUGUGCCGCCCAUACUUUUCUUAUACCUUUCAACUAUAUAUCAUUUGAAUAAGAUUGAAUAUUAUCUUGCAGUGUUCUUCAUCAUAUUACAUGUGUAGAGUAAUAAACCAAAAAAAUAA